AUGCUGCGGGCCACGGUCAAGCUGUGCUGCGGCAUCGCGCACGACCCCCUGCGCCGGCUGCCCGAUUCACGUCCGGAGGCGACCGAUGCCGUGGGCUCCAGCACGCUGGCUAGUGCGGACCCCAGCGCCGGCGAGUGGGCCCUGCAGAGCGCACUGCGCAUCCUGCAGCAGCGGCACGGCUGGCGCGCAGAAAGCACGCRGGAGGCGGGCGCCGCCGUGGCUAGUGCGGUGCUGCCGGGGCUGGGCAGGGUGUUCCGCGCCGAGGCGGUGCUGCGCGCGCCACCGGCGCGGCUCCAGCGCGAGCUCUUCAACGACAUCGAGCGCAUGCCCGAGUGGUACCCGGCGCUCGGCCGCGUCCAGGUGCUGCGGCGCACGGGGCCCGACACGCUGCUGACGCACGAGGUGACGGCGCAGCGCGCCGGGGACCUCGCGGGACGCCGUGACUUCGUGAGCGUGCGGCGCCGCCACCGCACCGCCACCGCCGUCUACCUGGUGGGCACGGCCGCCCCCGCCAGCGAGCGGCCCCCGCCGCCGCCGCCGGGCUGCAUCAGGGCCGAGUCGCGGCUCAGCUGCAUGGUGCUGCAGCCGCUGGACGGGGAUCCCGGCCGGACCCGCCUCACCUGGCUCCUCUGCGUGGACCUGAAGGGCUGGAUCCCCACCUCGGUGCUCCAGCGCACGCUGCCCCAGAGCCAGGCCGACUUCAUCGGGCACCUCCGCCGGCGCCUGGCCGUCCCGGCACGGCCCUGAGCACACCGAUGGGAGCUUCGGGACGGCCAAGCUCUGUAUUUGUGCACGCUCCCGUACAUAUAUUUAGUAUAUAGACACAUUCAUAUGUAUAUACAU